AUGAACUAUAUUAUAGAAUGUGAACGGAUUAUGAAUGAAGCUAUCAAAGAUCAACGUUAUACUAUCAUUAUAGCAAGUGCUCGAUUUUUAUAUAGUAUUCUUCAUAUUAUUUUAAACUUUUGUAACACUACACAAGACAAUAAUAAGAUGGAUUUAGAUAUACCUAUAUUAGUACAUAUGAAAGAAUUAGGGAAAAGAGUAACGGAAGCAGCUACUUUAUUAGAUAUAAAAUUAAUUGAACAAGAUAACAAACAAAAGUUGCGAGAAUUAUUGAAAAUUAAAGCUGGCUUUUGUCUAUUACUUGAUGACUGGGAUUAUGAUGCAACGUUUAAAAAUGCGUAUAGGCUUUUGACUGAGGCAGAUGAUAAUAUUGCUGCUAUAUUACUUCCUUAUUUAUCAACUAUAUCGAAAAGAUGCCAUCAAUUACUCUCCUGGUUCCCUACUGAGGCAUUAAUAGAAUUAAAAAAGAGAAUAAAACAACCUUUUGUUUUCGUUGACUUGAUUCGACUUUUACUAAGAAUAACGCCUAGUCAAUCCGAUUUAACACAUCAGUUGAUAGAACUUUUAUAUGAAUUUGGUGAAUGGGAUCAAGCAACUGGAAAAUUUGUGAAAAAUGGUUGGAAUUUGUAUUUGAUGGGUAUAGAAGCAGGCAUUUGUGGAUGGUACGAGUUCAUGUAUUUGAUUAUGAGAGACUUGUGUAAAAAAGUGGAAACAGAAGCUUCAUUUUAUUGGUUAGGCUCAUUAUCUUCAUUAGCUUAUGCAGAAUGGUCUUUAAGUCAAAACAAUUAUUCUGCUCAACAUUAUAUUAUUUCAUUAAAUGAAUUAAAGGUUUGUGAAAUAUAA